AUGGCAAUAACUGGAUUUCCUGCCAAAUAUGGGCUGCUGUUGGGACUUUGUGUGGCGUGGCUGUGUUACGCGUCCACUGCGGGAGAGGCCACCUGCAAACUGAAGGCCACGUUCAACCUCAGCGGCUACAAGAAGGUAGAGAAGAAGAAAGUGAUUAUAGGGGGGAUGUUCGCCGUGCACAACCGGCUGGCUUCGACCGACAACAGCACAUCAUCCGUGCCUGUGUCGUCUGGCUGUGAGGGGUUUAACUUCCGUACCUUCCGCUGGACCCAGACGAUGCUCUUCGCCAUCAACGAGAUCAACAACAGUUCCAAACUGCUGCCCAACACUGACCUAGGCUACGUCAUCUACGACUCCUGCUUCACCAUCUCAAAGGCGGUGGAGGGCACUCUGACGUACCUGACAGGGCAGGACUACGCCGUGCCCAACUACCGCUGUGGGAACGGGGCUCCUCUGGCCGCGCUGGUGGGGGCCGGAGGCUGUGACCUGUCCAUCGCCACAGCUCGAAUCCUGGGCCUCUACUAUUUCCCACAGGUGAGUUACUCGUCUUCGUGCUCGGUGCUGGAGAGCCGGUUCCAGUACCCCACGUUCCUGCGCACCAUCCCAAGUGACGAGCACCAGUCGGUGGCCAUGGCCCAGCUGGUGCUGCGCUUCGGUUGGACGUGGGUGGGCACCAUCGCGGCGGACGACGACUACGGCAAGUAUGGCAUCAAACGUUUCAAGGAGAUAGUGGAGGAGGCGGGCGUGUGCAUUUCCUUCGCAGAGACACUGCCCAAGCUCACCUCGCCCGAGAGCAUCCAGCGCAUCGUGCGUGCUGUGACCGACUCCACAGCCAAGAUCGUGGUGGUGUUCUCCUCGGACGUAGACCUGAGCCCUCUAGUGGAGGAGCUGCUGCGCAACAAUGUCACUAACCGUACCUGGAUUGCCAGCGAGUCUUGGGUCACAUCGGCCCUUAUUGCCCGUCAACCCAACAUCAUGUCCGUGCUGGGCGGCACCCUGGGCUUCGCCAUCCAGCGGGCCGAAAUCCCGGGCCUGCAGGAGCACCUGCUUGGCAUUGACCCCUACCAGGACACGCUGACUGAGGAAUUUUGGGAGACAGCCUUCAACUGCACGCUCAGUUACAGCCAAGCACUGAGAAAUGCCCGGGCGGCCAGGGAGGCAGGGAACGCCACGGCUUCAAAAGUGUCCACCAGGGCGGUGGUAGAAGGCUUGUGCAAUGGCAAGGAAAGUCUGGAGAAGCUGAACAGCACAUACUCAGAUGUGUCCCAGCUGAGACUAACCUAUAACGUGUAUAAAGCUGUGUAUGCGGUGGCGUAUGCUUUGCAUAAUCUCGAGCACUGUGAGCCUGGGAGUGGACCUUUUGAAGGUGGUACAUGUGCCAACAUCAGUAAUUUUGAACCUUGGCAGCUGAUGUACUACUUGAAAAAUCUGCGCUUCAAUGUUCCUCACACUGGAGAGGAGAUAUUCUUCAACGAUGGCGAAGUGAUGGGAUAUUAUGAGAUCCUUAACUGGCAGACGGCUUCAGAUGGGGGCGUGACGUACACCUCUAUCGGCUACUACAACAGCACGGCGCCCGCUGGUGAAAGGCUGUUCAUUGACAACACCUCGAUCAUUUGGCAUAACGACAUGGUGGAGGCCCCGCGCUCUGUGUGCAGUGAGAGAUGCCAACCCGGAACCAGAAUGGGCAUCAGGCAGGGGGAGCCCGUCUGCUGCUUCGACUGCAUCCCCUGCGCGGAUGGAGAGAUCUCCAACACUACAGACGCCAGAGGUUGCAUCCAGUGCGAAGAGGACUAUUGGUCCAAUGCUAACCGUGAUGCCUGCGUCCCAAAGACCAUCGAGUUCCUGGACUUCGGCGAGGCUCUGGGCAUCACCCUGAUCGUCAUCGCUGUUUUCGGGGCACUUUUGACUUUCAUGGUGGUUGUCGUCUUCAUGAUGUACCUGAACACGCCUUUGGUGCAGGUCAACGACCCGUUGCUCAGCUUCACUCUGCUGCUGGGGCUGGUGGUCACCUUCCUGUGCUCCAUUGUGUUCCUAGGGAAGCCUCAACCGUGGUCCUGCAUGACCAGCCAGGUGGCGCUGGCAGUAGGCUUCGCCAUCGUCCUCUCCUCUCUCAUGGGCAAAUCCGCCUUGCUAAUGCUCAGGGCGAGGGCUAUAAAGGCCACCAAAGCUGCAGCCAAGGCUGCCAAAGCAGCGGCGGCUGCUUCCGAGCAGAGCCCAGACACGACCGCCAUUGCUCCGGCGCCACCACCGAAAAACGACAUCGACCCGAUAAAGCCCGUCCACCAGAGGGUGAUGAUGGCGGUAUCUACGCUAAUCCAAGCUGUGGCUUGCACUGUCUGGUUGAUCCUACUCCCACCACAUCCCGUGAAAAACACAGCGGCCCAGAACAUCAAGAUAAUCCUGGAGUGCGACCCGGGCAACAUCAUCUUCAUCUGCUGCGUGUUCGGCUAUGACGUCCUGCUAGCGCUCCUGGCCUUCGUCUUCGCCUUUGUGGCACGCAAGCUGGAGGACCACUUCAGCGAGGGCAAGUGUGUGACCUUCGGGAUGCUGGUCUUCUUCAUCGUCUGGAUCUCCUUCGUACCCGCCUACCUGAGCACGCGCGGCAAGUUCAUGGUGGCCGUGCAGAUCUUCGCCAUCCUGGCGUCCAGCUUCGGCCUCCUGAUGUGCGUCUUCCUUCCCAAAUGUUAUGUGCUGCUGGUCAAACCUGAAAGGAACACGCAGGAGAUGAUGAUUCCCAGGGCCAAGUCCCGCGACUCCAGGGCCACCGGGACAUCCGCUUCCCUCUCAACAGAAACAAACGGCACCACCAUCUCCACAGUAUCCCUGAACGACUGA